UGCCUCGGAAGCUUUUCCAUCCCAAAGCGCAAAAGCACUGCGCACUCUCUCUCUCUCUCUCCAUCACGUCGACCAUCUUCAUAUCUAUCUCUUUUUCCUGCCUCUCUCGUGCUCUACUCCAUUCUAAAAACCAGCUAUUUCCAUCAACUUUGAGAUAACAAUCAGCUUUUGCUUAUCUCUUUUCAGCUUUUAAUGGAUGAUCGUAAGGAGAAAAAUGGUCCAUGUCUCUCAGUGCCACAAUUUGGGGACUGGGAUCAGAAGGGAGAGUUGCCUGAUUACUCCAUGGACUUCUCCAAAAUCAGAGAAAUGAGGAAGCAAAACAAGAGAGAUGUCUCCAGAGCAAGUCUUGGAAACGAAGAAGACUUCAUUAAUCCUUCUGCCACGGCCACAACCACCACCACCAUCACCGCCACCACCACCCAAAAUGGUCACCAUGAUCAGCACCAGCCCCACUAUUAUCAUCAGAGCCGCCACCACUCUCCGACGACAAGGAGGGGCAUUUUCAGCUACUUCAACUGUUGUGUGAAAGCCUAAAGAAAGUAAAGCAACGCCAUUUUUUGGAUGGUUUUGGGAAGUUUGUGUAAUGAAAAUGAAAUCAUAAAUUGUAAUGAAGAGUUGAACCAAUCCUCUCUUUUUUCUUUUUCUCUUUUCAUUUUUUUUUUUUCACUCUUCAUCUUAAUGGCUACUCUCACCUUCAUCUUUUCCACUCUUUUGUAUCAUCAAAUUAUUACUCUAAUUAUCAGGUUGUUGGAUUUCCUUUGAA